GCUGCAAUUAAUUCAGUUUAUUUUCAAAAAUCAACGCGCAAUGAAGUGCUGGCCGGACGAUCGUUGUUUAAUCGCUUUAGCGAUGACAACAUUAAUAACUAUAUCGCGCAAUGUAUACCCAGUGGAUAGUGCUAAUAUUCUAGGUGUAUUUCUUAGUCCGAGCCCCUCACAUUUAAUUGUACACAUGUCAGUUAUGAAAGCAUUAGCUGAGCAGGGACACGACAUCACUGUCGUUUCUGGCUUGAAGCCAAAAGUGAACCACCCUAAAAUAAAAAAUAUCAUUAUCGAUCCAUCGGAGGAGAAUCAACGGAAGAUGAAUGAGGAAAUGUCCGGUUUUGGUACUAAAAAAACAAAUCUACUUUUGACGUUUUUAAAGUUUUUAACAGCAGACAAUGUUAUGUUCACUAUGCAAUUUGAUGCACUCAAACAUGAACGUUUCCAGCCGAUUUACAACAAUAAAUAUGAUUUGGUCAUAAUGGGUUAUUUUAUGAAUAAUUUUCAAUUUAUCGUGCCGGCUAAAUUAAAUUGCCCAAUGAUACUAACUUGGACAGGGCAACCGAUGGAGAUGAUUAACAGCUUGGUGGGUACGCCCCAUGAAGUAUCUUAUGUACCGUCAAUUUUUACACCGCAUAAGAACGGAGAAGUUAUGAGUUUGAGUUCACGUCUAUUUAAUUUCGUGUCAAGUGUUUUAUUCCGCUUAUUUACCAAUAUCAUGGAAUUAUCUAUGGAAGGAAAUUAUAGAAAAUUAGUAGCUGAUCAAACAGGACUUCGGACAUUUUCAGAAAUGAAAAAAAAUGUUUCGCUCAUAUUUGUUAAUAGUCAUUUUAGUGAGGGUCCUAUUCGGCCAUUGGUACCGGGUAUGGUUGAAAUAGGUGGUAUCCAAAUCAAGGAGAAGCCAGAUCCUUUGCCAAAAAGACUCAAUGACUUUUUGAAUAAUUCGAAAAGUAAUGGCGCAAUCCUCUUCAGUUUAGGCUCGAAUAUGAAAAGUUCUAACAUACAACCAGCAACUGUUGAAAUUAUUUAUAAAGUUCUGUCAUCACUGAAGCAGAACGUUAUUUUUAAGUGGGAAGAUUUAAAGAACACACCAGGUAAUGCCUCAAAUAUACUCUACGAAAAGUGGUUACCGCAAGAUGAUAUACUCGCACAUCCUAACCUCAAAUUGUUCAUCACCCAUGCCGGCAAAGGUGGAAUGGCUGAAGCUAUCUAUCAUGGCGUACCCAUGAUCGCGAUGCCAAUAUUUGCUGAACAGCCAACAAAUGCAGCUAAAAUUGUUUCGUCUGGUUAUGGAUUGGAAGUGGAUAUAUUAAAUUUGAAAGAAGAUACCUUUAAAAAUUCCAUCUUAGAGGUGCUCAACAAUCCGAUAUACCGUGACAAUGUACAGAAGUUUUCAAAACUGUAUCGCGACCGACCAUUGAGCGCGAGAGAAAAUGUGAUUUAUUGGGUGGAGUAUGUAUUGCGUCAUCACGGUGCCGUUCACAUGCAAAGUCCCUUAGUUCAUAUGAACUUUGUGCAGAAUAAUAGUUUAGAUGUAAUUUUAAUUAUUUUAAUUGCUCUUUUUGUUAUUUGGAAGCUGUUAAAACUAGUGUUCAAAGGUAUAGUUAUGUUGAUAGGCAUGGCCAUAAGAAAAUUGAAGUCAAAAAUAAAGUCAAAGAAUGAAUAAAACCUAA